CCGAGUAGGCGGGUCCGUGAUAGGACAGCGGCGGCGGCGGCCGUGACGUGUCGCUCGGCCUACGAUGCUUUGUGCGUCCAUGCGCGGCGGCGCGCGCGCGGGGGCCGCUGGGCACCUCGGGGCCGAUCUGACCCGGCGCAGAGCGCGGCUACGGCGGCCGCGCGGGGACUCUGUGGGCGACCAGCCGGCGGUCGGGCAGGUUCAGGAGGCCCCCGGGUUGGCGUCUCCAGCCCUCCGCCUGCGACGGCCCCGGGGGCUGCUGAUUGCUUCCUAGUGACUGUUCGUCCUCCCGGCGCUGCCAGCUUCGCGAAAGUUUGGUCACCUGGCUCAGAAAGAAAUGGAGCAAGAGCCCCAAAAUGGAGAACCUGCCGAAAUUAGAGUCAUCAAGGAAGCAUAUAAGAAGGCCUUUUUAUUUGUUAAUAAAGGAUUAAAUACAGAUGAACUAGGUCAGAAGGAAGAAGCAAAAAACUACUAUAAGCAGGGAAUAGGACACCUGCUCAGAGGAAUCAGCAUUUCAGCAGCAGAGCCUGAACACGUAGGCCCUGGGUGGGAAUCUGCUAGACAGAUGCAACAGAAAAUGAAAGAAACACUACAGAAUGUCCGUACCCGGUUGGAAAUUCUAGAGAAGGGUCUUGCCACUUCUCUACGGAAUGAUCUUCAAGAAGUGCCCAAGUUAUAUCCAGAAUUUCCUCCCAAAGGUGAUAUAUCUGAAAAGUCACCACCAGAGUCUCAGGCCUUUAGUUCAGCACCUGAGCACACUGAAGUGAAUGAAAACACUUCAGCUUCAAGUUCAGCAUCGGGUCCUGCACCUAGUUCGCUGGCCACACCAUCUCAGAGUCAUCCAGCAGAAGCACCUCCUGCGUACACUCCUCAGGCUGCUGAGGGGCACUACACUGUCUCCUAUGGAACAGAAUCGGGGGAGUUCUCCUCAGUUGGAGAAAACUUUUAUCAGAAUCAUUCACAGCCACCUCCUCUUGAGACUUUGGGACUAGAUGCAGAUGAGUUGAUUUUGAUACCUAAUGGAGUGCAGAUUUUUUUUGUAAAUCCUGCAGGGGAAGUUAGUGCACCUUCAUACCCAGGGUAUCUUAGGAUUGUGAGGUUCCUGGAUAAUUCUCUUGAUACAGUUCUAAACCGUCCUCCUGGAUUUCUCCAGGUUUGUGACUGGUUGUAUCCUCUAGUUCCGGAUAGAUCUCCAGUUCUUAAAUGUACAGUGGGAGCAUAUAUGUUUCCUGAUACAAUGUUACAGGCAGCAGGAUGCUUUGUCGGAGUUGUUUUGUCUUCUGAAUUACCUGAAGAUGAUAGAGAACUCUUCGAAGAUCUAUUAAGACAAAUGUCUGACCUGCGACUCCAGGCAAACUGGAAUUGGGCAGAAGGAGAAAGUGAAUUCCAGAUUCCUGGAAGAUCAAGAUCUCCUGAUCAACAGAGGGAGGCGAGUAGCACUGAUGUGAGCCAGUUGGGUCCUUCAGUGGAUCAAGGGAAUAGGGAUGUACAUCAUAAAGGAAAACGAGGGAAAAAGGUUAGUAAAGGUAAAGGUACACCAAGUGAAGAAGUAAAUCUGAGUCACAUUGUACCCUAUGAGCCAGUUUCAGAAGAAAAAGCAAAAGAAUUACCUGAAUGGAGUGAAAAAGUGGCUCAAAACAUUUUGUCAGGUGCUUCUUGGGUGAGUUGGGGUUUAGUCAAAGGAGCUGAAUUUACUGGAAAAGCAAUCCAGAAAGGUGCUUCUAAACUCCGAGAAAAGAUUCAACCAGAAGAAAAACCAGUGGAAGUAAGUCCAGCUGUGACCAAGGGACUUCACAUAGCAAAGCAAGCUACAGGAGGAGCUGCGAAAGUCAGUCAAUUCCUGGUUGAUGGAGUGUGCACUGUGGCAAAUUGUGUUGGAAAGGAACUAGCACCACAUGUGAAGAAGCAUGGAAGCAAACUUGUUCCAGAAUCUCUUAAAAAAGACAAAAAUGGAAAGUCUCCUUUGGAUGGUGCUAUGGUCGUAGCAGCAAGUAGUGUUCAAGGAUUUUCAACUGUCUGGCAGGGACUGGAAUGUGCGGCAAAAUGCAUUGUUAACAAUGUUUCAGCAGAAACUGUACAAACUGUCAGAUACAAAUAUGGACAUAAUGCAGGAGAAGCUACACACGACGCAGUAGACUCUGCCAUCAAUGUUGGUGUAACAGCUUAUAAUAUUGACAACAUUGGUAUUAAAGCAAUAGUGAAGAAAACUGCAAAACAAACAGGACAUACAAUCCUUGAGGACUAUAAACUAGUUGAUAGUCCUAAGGAGGGAAAUCAAGGAGGAGCAAGUGUAAACACAAAAGGGGAGAAAGAUGAGCAAACAGACAAACUAGAGAAGAAUGAAACAAAGAAGAAAGAUAAAUGAUGAACAAGCUGUGAACCACCUUACAGGAUGGAUGCAGCUUUGUUAACUAGCAAGUGUGGAAUUCCCUACAGAUUAAUCAGUAUUUUUAAAAAAUGUAUUCAUUCCUGCAAAGUGACUGUUAAAUAAGCUUUAUAGCAUGUACUCUAUGUACCAGGAAAAGAAUCAGUAUUCUUGCAUCUGACCUUUGAAACUAUACAGUUAUUUUCUCAGUAAGUUUAUUUUUUUCUAAGUGUGGCUAAAAUAUUUUUUGCAGUUAAAAUAGGACUAAUAAUACAUGAGCUUUAAACUUCAUUAAAUCAAAUGUUAAAACUAUUUUUGUAUUUGCUAUCCAUCAGAAGUAUCAGGAAGUAGAAAGGUGGGAAAUUGUUAGAUGUAUAUGUAAAAUUUGGUAUUUAGUAACCCUAGUAUAAUUUAUACUAGGAAAGGAAAUUUUUAAAUGUUAUUUUUUCACUAAUUACGGAUUUUUUUUUUUAAGAUGGUUGUUAAAUCUUCAGUGUGUAAGCUAAACAAAAACUAUAAUACUAAACUAAAAGAAUUCACAGGUAAGGUUUUAUAAAGCUCCAAAAACAGGUUAUAGUCUAAUCAUGAAAAAUAAAACAAGACUAAACACAUUUGGUAGUUUGCCUCUUAAUUAAGAAACAGAAUAGGUCUUUGUAUUUAAAAUAAAUGCAAAUAAUGUAUAAAUCUUCUGAAUUUAGACUGCUAUCAAUCUAUGAGGAAUCUAGGAAAAUUUGGGGUAUGUGUGAUUGAUAUAUAAGAAUUAUGAAUGAUUAUUACCAAUUUAAUUGAGAAAAAAAUCACUGGAAGAAAUCAUUAUACCAUAUCUACUUCUGUUUUUCCAAAUGUCUAAAAUUGUAUAAAAACAAAAAUAAAACAGAUUUGAGCUUACUGUAA